AUGUCCUCCGACGACACCUCCUCCACUUCCCUCACCAUCCCCACCGUCCCACUCCUCCGCCCCCGGCGGCCGGCCAACGCCGCCUCUGACCGCCCUUCGGCACUGUCACUUCUGCUCUCCCAUGCCGCCUCCACCACCCAGCGGCGCGGCGGCGCCUCCAUGGUGGUCCGGGAGACCGCCGCCCGCGAGCUGGAGGAGCGCCGCGCCGAUUGGGGCUACUCGAAGCCUGUUGUCGCCCUCGACAUCAUGUGGAAUAUGGCUUUCGUGGUUGUGUCCGUGAUUAUGCUGAUUUUCACAGCCAAGGAGAAGCCCCAUGUGCCAAUUAGGGUUUGGGUAUGCGGGUAUGCCCUCCAGUGUCUGGUACACGUAGUCCUAGUUUGGGUGGAGUACAAUAGGCGGAAUUCCGGGCAAGAAGGGAACAUACUUGGCGGCGGGAGUAGAGAGGAAGAUAUUCAGAGUGAGGAUGAAGUGAAUGAUGUCAGAAGCGGGCUCAUUGGUAUCUCUAACGCCUCUAGUAGGGUAAAACGAUGUGAGUCUGUGAACACGAUGAUCUCAUUUCUAUGGUGGAUAGUUGGCUUCUACUGGGUGGUUUCUGGCGGUGAAGCUCUUUUAACAGGUGCUCCACGUUUGUAUUGGUUGGCUGUGGUAUUCUUGGCGUUUGAUGUAGUAUUUGCCAUAUUUUGUGUUGUCUUAGCAUGUCUUAUUGGGAUAGCCCUUUGCUGCUGCUUGCCUUGCAUCAUUGCAAUUCUUUAUGCUAUUGCUGGUCAGGAAGGUGCAUCAGAGGCCGACUUAAGCAUCCUUCCCAAGUACAAAUUUCAAGCUAACAAAGACGAGGAAAGAGUCGACUUUGCAGCUGGCACUAUGGUUCCUAUAGAAACAAGUGCUGGGUACAUGCCUAACGAGCGAAUUCUUUCUCCUGAGGAUGCAUCACACCAACAGUUGAGCCCGACUUCUAGCGGCUGGGCAUUUCUCAGAAGGAGGAGGAGGGGCAGAUCCCUUGGACUUAGAGGCCUGUUUGAUGGGGCCAAGCUCGGAAAGAGGGCCUUAGUUCGACCUUCUCUAAAGGUCGCUGGAGCUUUCUCCUUUUCGCUGGAGGUGGAGGAAGUAGGCUUGGUCGAUCAUAGACAAAUAUUUUAG